AUGACAGCUGCCCAGUGGUUACCCCUACCUGGUCGCCGGAUAUAUAAUCACUGCACGCGUCGCCUGGAAGUUGGCAGCGAAGAAACAACUGCCGUCGUCACGGGACUGGUUCCCUGGAGUCAAUACCGGCUCAUCUUGAGACCAUUCUUUACGGCCGAUGGUGACCCGCGAAGUCUGCGCAAGUACGGCUCCCCUCAACAUCAGGAGUUCAGCACAAAAGUGGGCGUUCCCAGCGUGCCGAGGGACCUGAAAGUAAAAGAGACGAAGGAAGGCGUUGCCAAACUCAACUGGGAGGCUCCGAAGAAUCCGGCAGGUCCAAUAAGCGGGUACACGGUAACCUGGAACUGCAACAAUGUCAACAACACCCAAUCUACUGAAAAUUCCAACAUCUUAAUCUCAGGCAAGUACAAAAAAUCUGCCUUCAGUUUUUUGCGCCUGACAGCCGAGUUACACGGAUGCACCUUUAAAGUCGGCGCCUUCAACAAGCUCGAAGACGGCACAACCUUUAGUGGAAGCGACAUCCAACUUUCAAUAGACUAG